AUGGAGGCGCGGGAGCCGCUGCGGGACCUGCGCGGCGCGCUGCGUGCGGUGCUGGCACGGGUCCGAGAGGGCGAACCGGGCGAGGGCCGCGAGCCGUUCGAGCUGCCGCGCUUCUGGGACGCGCUAGAUCAGACGUUCAAAGUAACGUCACAGGAAGCUACAAAGCUGAGUCUGGCAUUCUCAAGGCCUCCACUGACUUCUGCAGAGGAUUGCCGGAAGCUGAGUGAAGAUGUCCAAAAUGCCAUUCUUGCAGUUGCCACAGUGUACUACUGGCUCCCCAAGGGCCAAGGUACUACUCUUCGGAAGAUGGUACGAGAUGCUACCACUGAAGUAGUGGAAGGAAUGAUCCAACUCACAGAAACAAUUCUCAGUGCUCCAUUGGAGAGUUUGUCUCAGGAACAGCUUAUAUCAACUGGUGGUGUGUGGGAGGCAUGUGAGCAAGUGUCCAAUCUGCCACGAGAUAACCAGGCAGCAGUUGCGUCAGCUCUGGCUGCAUGUCUAGGUGUAGUCAAGGAUGCUCUGGAGGAGAUGGAACAUGCUCUGGUGGAAGGGCAAGACCCCUACAGUGACAUCAUGGAAGAUGAAGAGCUGGGCUUUCGGGGCAACAGAGAUACGUAUUGGUCAGAAGCUGACCGGAAGCUGCUUAGCUCCUGCAUGGGAUUAAUGAAGGCUUCUAAAGCUUGCCUGAAGAAGGUCUUGGGUGUAGUGAAGGCUUAUGGCAAAGCUGAUUCUCCAGAGCAGAUUGCUCAGCUGGAUGAUCUUGCAGACAUUGCUAAUGACAUCAGUCCAAGUGUCGAUGAGCUGGCACUGAGCAUGUAUCCACCUAUGAACCAGUUGGCUGUGCGACUCAAUGCUGCUAAAUUGGCCUCGGUAUUAAAGAAAGUCUUAGAGAUUACAAAGACAAGCCAUGUAUGUCCACCAUCAGAGGAAGGCUGGGUGCAGUUUCUAACUGGUGCAGUAGAUCACAACAUGAACAAAAUCAAGAACUUCACACAGGGUCAACUUUAGCUCUUCCAUGUCUACAUGUGUUGCUGUCACUGGCUCUGGCAUAUGCUUUUCCAGUGAAUCUCACUGUUCUCCAGCUACUGGGAGAAUCAUGAGAACAAUGUUUUUAGGAGAGAACUUUACCGCCACUUGGUAAAACUUUCCCAGGAAGUUGCUCUUUGCCAUUGCAGAAGGUGUCAUUUUGCCUGGAUUCCUGGGAUCGUGUGGUGCUGCAUCUUAAUGCUGUGAACAUGCCCCAUUCUUCAGAUGUUACAACUACUAUGGGGUUCAAAGAACAAUAAAAUAUUGCUAGAUUUGCACGAGUGGCUUUAUCUGUUUUCAGGUGGUGGAGGAUAUAUACAGAAGGAAAGGGUCUUCCUUCUUUUGCAAGCAGCCCAAUGAACCAUUAAAAAAUAUGCAGCACUGCUGCUAUUUCCUGUCUAACCUUAGAGAAGAGUGAACUAUCUUUCUCUUUUCUGUUUCCUCAGAAAGCAGUAGAAAAUAUUAUUUAAUACUUUACCAGUGUCAAGGAUCUGUAGGGGGAUAAGAGUAUCUCUCUAGAGAAAUGCUACAUCUAUCAUCACUUUAAAGUUCUAGGAUAUCCUUUUUUGCCACGGGUAGGGAAAAAUGACUAAGCAGUGGUGGGUUCAGCACAUAUGCGUGGUGAGAAAUGCAGCAUCUGCUUGAGCAUUUAGCCCAUCUUUGUCACAGUAAGGUUCAACUUAUAAAACUGGAGAGUGGGCAUAGUGGCAGAUGGGAGAGAGUUGAGUUUGUACAAAUAAUCAAAGUCAGACACGGUUUUAAAUAUAACUUUAAUUAAACUUAAUAUCUGUGCUUGCCUAAGAUCAGGGCACAGAUCAUGACCACUCUUUUGUAAACACGACAGCAGGACCUGUUCUAAGUUGGGCAUCAGGCAGCUGCAAUGUCGAUAGUUUUGUAGCUCUUCAGGUUCUGGAGUUGAAGGCAGGUAAGAUGUGCAGUGAGUCUUCUGGGCCCUGCUUGGGUGGGGGUGAAUGGGAUUUGCAGCUGUUGAAUGCUUUUAGGUUGCACAGAGCCCAACCUGAAAGAUAAGAAGGGAUUAUACAGGAAGCACACCUCUUUGUAUUUCUAGUUCCCAGGGCCCAGGAGAUGCAUUUGCUAGACAGGAGUGUGGUGCCAAAAAAAGGAAAGAAAAAAAAUAGAAGGCGGCUAGCAGUUAUCUAAACUACCACAAUGGAAUUGUGAUCUGACAGUAGUUUGGGAGGGAGAUACGACAGGAGGGUUGAACUCCCCAUGGAGGCAUCUAUGGUUACUUUGUCCUAAUGCAGCUUCUUGAGAGAAAUGUGGGGGUUUUUUUCAUGUGAAGGAGAGCAUGCCUUUUUGGAUGACUCUUGGCUAAGUCAGGUUUGCCUGGUUCUUCAGUAGAGAAGGGGAAGACACUGUUAAAAUUGUACCCAGGGACUGUCUUUAUUGCUGACAGUGGGUAAUGGGUGGAAAGAUAUGUCACAAACAGUAUAGUUUUACCCUACUUAUGGAUGUUCAAGUGGCUAGCUGAAAAGCAAUUGAUUUCUCAACAGCAAAUGAUUUCUAAGUUUCAUAGCUCAUUUCAGUGACCUAUAACUGUUGUCUUAUUUAAUGUGUAUUUCUGCCUAAGUCUUGUGGUACUUCUCUUGUUACCCUUUUUGUUGGCAGGGGGCUUUCCUUCUGCUGUCUAGGCCUUUGGGGUCGAAGCUUUCACAAAUGUCAUACUGGCUUCAACUUAUGUAUUACACAUCUGUUGAAAUUUCUGUUAUCUGGCUUUUCUCCUUUUCAGUGUGAAAAUCUUCUGUAUUAUCUGUAAAUAAAGGACAGGAUGCCUCGGGCUUUAAUGCUGUAGCAGUCUCUUCCUGCCAUGUUGUUGCCCACUUAUUUUUGGGGACAGCCUUUCCUGUGCAGGGGUUUCUCUAGCUCGUAUUGUGUCUCUUUUUCCAUUU